AUGGAACCAGAACUCUUUUUAAAUCCAAUCAACGAAAAUUAUGAACAAAAAAAACUAACAUGCAGUUCCUUCGAUUAUUUAAAUCAAGAAUUGAAUGCAGAUUACCUAAAAGAUCAAAAUGAAAAAAGUUUAGAUUACAAUGAUAUGAUGAUUCAAACUCUAGAAACUAGCCCAAAAUAUUAGAUAAUUGAUGAUGAGUUUUACUGCCAAUUUUAUGAACAGUAUCAUGAAUAAUUAUUUGAAAAUCUUUGGGCAAAGAAUUAGAAUGAAUAACUUUUAAAUAAAGAAGUUUUUAGACUUGAUGGCAUUAAGAUGAUAGAUCAUUGCGAGUAGACAUAUAUGUAGCAAGUAUCAAAUCCUAGUUUGGGAUAAUAUAUUUAGCAGUCUAAUAAAUAGUCAUAAUGCAAAGCAACGUCACUCAGUGAAUCAACUCAAAAUCCAAACCUUCAUUUAGCAAAAAGUUAAGUUUUGAUCGGAGGUUCAAAUGUUGAUCGUAAGUUAUCCAUUUGUUCGCUAUCAGCUAAAACUGCUAAUGAAAUUUAAAUUGGAAAAUAUCAAAAGUAUUAAGAUGAGUUUAAUGGCUUAUAAAAUAUAAAUACUUAAUCGCGCUAAAAAGCUAAAGGAAUAAAGAACUCAUCUAAAAUCUAAAAAUAUUUCAAGAGGAAAAAUAGAUAGAGACCAUUUAGAGGCAGAUUGCAAAAACGUGAUGAAUAGCUGAUGAUAUUACAAAAAGAAUUUGAAAAUAAUUCAAAUUGGUGCUAAAGUCUAGUCCGUGUACUAGCUUUUAAAACUGGAUUAACUCCUGCUUAGGUGUACAAAUGGAAUUGGGAUUAUAAAAUUUUCUAAAAUUAGAUGUUUAUGAAGGAUAUUCACUCAUUAGUUAAGUGUUAUGGAAAAAUAUUCAAUGUUGAAAAAGAUAUUUAGAAAUAAGCAGAAAGAAUGAUAUCAAUGGAUUAUAUUUGA